UUGACGGGUCAAAGGUGCACUGUACUUAGUACGAAUGAAAAAUAAAAGCUACAGGUUUUGGUCAGCACUUAAACAUAUAAAAACUUGCUUUCUGUGAAAAAGUACAAAUAUGUUAAGAUUAGGAUGUAACACGCUGCAUUGGAAUACAGUGAACCCAAUAAGCUUUGCAAUACCACGCAACUAACCUGCAGAAGUCCUUUGCACGUGUGUUUGUUUAUCUUCAUGACAGCUAAGAAGGAGCUGCUUGGCAGUUUGCUGUUUGCAUGGGGUGCCAACAGUUAUGGGCAACUGGGAUUAGGCCACAAGGAAGAUGUGCUGCUGCCAGUGAGGGUAACACAGGGUCUGGCGUCCAUUGGCAAUAUUAAAUGCCUUGUUGGUGGAGGGGGGCAUUCUGCUAUUAUCACAGAGUCGGGGGAACUUUUGUUAUGUGGGCAUAAUAGUAAAGGGCAGCUUGGAAUGGGACACAAGCAGGAAGUCUUAUAUUUCUGCCCUUCUCUACAAGGACGAAUUGUGGUUCAGGUGGCCUGUGGCUGGGAUUUCACAUUAAUUUUAACAGAUGAUCGUACCAUUUGGACAUGUGGUUCCAAUGCCUUUGGCCAGCUGGGACUUCCACAGCAUUUAGGAGAAAGCACACUCCCUUUGCCAAUUAAGACACUGAAUGGGAAAGCUGUGGAAAUUGCUGCUGGGCUGAGACAUGCAUUGGCAGUUACAGCAGAAAAGGGGCUUGUUUUCCAGUGGGGUGUGGGCAUGAAGUCUUUGGCAAAUCGAGGGCUGCAGACACUUCCUGUUCCGGCAUUCAUGUCUGCAAGGGAACCAUGUGAAGUUCCUGGAUUCGGGCAUGUGAAAGUGAAGCAUGUCUCUGCUGGUGCCUACCACUCAGCCUGCAUUACUGAUCAGGGUUGGCUAUUUGUCUGGGGCAGUAACAAAUAUGGACAGUUGCUAAGCUCAGAUGAUUUCCUUCCCUUACCCUUUUUUAUCCAACCUCACCAUUUUGAAGGAGAGAAAAUAACUUUAGUGCGAAGUGGCUGGACACACAUUGUUGCUAGAACAGAGAGGGGCCAAGUUUAUACUUGGGGCAGAGCUGACUAUGGACAGCUGGGAAGAAAAAUAAAGUCUACCCAGGAUUCUAUGUGUAAAUCAAAUGUUAUUCAGUCCAGGUUUACUCCAGAGAAGGUUCCAGAACUUACAGGAGCCUCCCAGAUUACUUGUGGAUCUGAGCACAGCCUGGCUGCUGUUGGAGAUUCCAUUCUGUCAUGGGGUUGGAACGAGCAUGGCAUGUGUGGAGAUGGAACAGAAGUCAACAUUUCUGAACCCAGGCAGAUUUCUUUCUUCCGCAAUUACAUACCAGCAGCGAUCGGCACUGGGGCUGGGCACUCGAUGGUUUUGUGCAGAUCAGCAGGACAGAGUGGCGGAGAUUUCAAAGCGUGCCCUGAAGAGCAAGCUGUUUGUCAGGGGAAUCCUGAGACAGCCACAACCUGACCCGACACACUGCGCCACUGUGGUCGAAGACUUCUACGACGUGACGAGACGGAGCCGUGACUGAGCCUGCCAGUACAAUAUAGGGAGUACAGAUGGCUGCGCCUUCCUCACAUGGCAGCACGGAUUCACGGCCUUGCAGCUGACUUUUACUUUUUGUUAAUAAAGAAUGUUCUUUAAGUGAA